GCUCUCUGACGGCAGCUUCAGCACAGCUAGCAGCGCGAGCUAAUCCGGCUAAAAGCUAACGGCUAACGGCUAGCUAUGAUGGCGGAGCUGGUGCAGGGACAGGCCUCGAUGAGCCAGCCGGGGCUGAAGUCAGACGGCCUGGCCGACGUGUUACAGAGGGCCCGGCAGAUGGUGGGUAAGAUGGGCGGAGAAGCCAUGUCCCACCUUAACAGCUCCUCAGGAAGUGUGGAACCCUCGCUGUACUACCCCGGCCAGAAACGCCCCGGAGAGGACGGAGUAGGUAACCAACUAGCAGCCAUGGGGCAUCAAAGGGUAAUCACAGAGGAUUACAAGGUCCCCGACAGGAUGGUGGGCUUCAUUAUCGGUAGAGGAGGUGAACAGAUCACCAGGAUCCAGCUGGAGUCUGGCUGCAAGAUCCAGAUUGCUGCAGACAGCGGAGGUCUGAUGGAGCGGCCGUGUUCUCUGACUGGAACUCCAGAGAGCAUCGAACAAGCUAAGCGGCUGCUGGUCCAGAUCGUGGAUCGCUGCAGGAACGGUCCAGGUUUCCACGGCGAUGGGGAGGGCGGCGCUUCGGUGCAGGAGAUGCUGAUCCCAGCCAGUAAGGUGGGGCUUGUGAUUGGUCGAGGAGGAGACACCAUCAAGCAGCUGCAGGAGCGGGCAGGGGUGAAGAUGAUGAUGAUCCAGGAUGGUCCGAUGCCGACAGGAGCUGACAAACCUCUUCGUAUCUCUGGAGACCCAUACAAAGUGCAGGCAGCGAGGGAGUUGGUGUUGGAGGUGAUCCGGGAGAAGGACGGAGAUUUCAGGUCGGGACGCAACGACUUCACCGCCCGACUGGGAGGAACCAGCCUGGAUGUUCCAGUUCCCAGGUUUGCUGUCGGCAUCGUGAUCGGCCGGAACGGAGAAAUGAUUAAGAAGAUCCAGAAUGACGCAGGAGUCCGAAUCCAGUUUAAAGCAGAUGAUGGCAUCAGUCCAGAGCGUGUUGCCAUGGUGAUGGGUCAGCCGGACCGCUGUCAGCAUGCAGUCCACCUCAUCAAUGAGCUGAUUCAGACCGCACAGGAGCGUGACGGUUUUGGCUCGGCCCUGCGGAGCGGGAGGGUCAGAGGUCGUGGUGAUUGGACUAUGGGCUCUCCCGGUCCUCUACAGGAAGUGACCUACACCAUCCCUGCUGACAAGUGUGGCCUGGUCAUCGGCAAAGGUGGAGAAACCAUUAAGAGUAUUAACCAGCAGUCUGGAGCUCAUGUGGAGCUGCAGAGGAACCCGCCCCCCUCCACCGACCCCAACACCCGGGUCUUCACCAUCAGAGGCACCGCCCAGCAGAUGGACCUGGCCCGCCAGCUCAUAGACGACAAGAUCGGGGGUUCAGGUAUUAUGAGUAAUGGAGGUUUUGGCUUCAGUCCCUUCACUCAGGGCCCUGCUACGCACCAGAACUGUGGCAGCGGUCAGACCUUCCUGACUGGCGUUUGGGGAAACACCUACCAGACCAGCUGGCAGAACCCGGGACAACAAGACCCUGGUCAGCAGAGCCAGCCUCAGAGCCUGAUGACAGACUACAGUAAGGCCUGGGAGGACUACUACAAGAAACAGAGUCAGUCGUCUCAGCAGAGUUCGGUGCCAGACUACACUGCAGCGUUAGCAGAAUAUUACAGACAGCAGCCCUACCUGUGGAACCCCGCCCAGAUACAGGAUCACUAGAGGCUCCUCCCUCACCCGUGAAGACCUCGGAUGGUCGUCGACGGCAACCGAAUCGGGGUUUCCUAGCAACGCUCUGCCGCUUCCUCCUUCCUUUUGUAGAGAAAAACUAAGGAUUAACUGAAAAAUCACGAACUCUUUUCUUUCUGUUUUUUAACCUUACAAAGUUGAUAUUUUGUCGGGCAAAUUUUUUUGGACUAGCCUCUGGUCUCUCCAUGGUGUAGACCUGGUUUUUCUUUUUGUUUUAUUUUUUAUCAAACUUGAACUUAAAGAUGUAUCAGUGUGGCUUUGAACAAAAAAAAAUCAGUAUAAUCUAUAUUUUUGUCUAGUUUUAUUUUCCAAUAAGAAAACGGUAUAAGGCUUAGCAGUCUUGAGUAAGAAAAUCAGAUAUUAUUAUUAUUAUUAUUAUUUUGUUUAUGAUAAUGUUUUAAAGCAUGCGUCAGAUUGUGUGUGUUGACUCUCAGUUAUUUUUUUUUUUUUAUUUUGGCAUAGAAAUAUUUUAAUAGCGUCGGAUGGAAAUGUAAUGUUUUACCUUCAGAGACAAAACUGUUUUUUGUACUAAAUCUGUGCUCGCUGGGUCUGUUCUCAAUCUAAUUUUACCUGUUUAGUCGCCAUCUUGGAGGUGCAAUGACGCGUUUAUUGUUUUCUUUUUGGUUUGAUGAUAGUUCUUAUUCCUGUAUCUCUAUAGUGAUUCUUUAGUUUUUAUGAUGUAAUGAUGAAUAAAUGACGAUUUAUAUUGCGUUGUCUAAAGCCAGAUCUCUCUGUGGUCAAACACUUUGUGUCCUCCACAGGAUUUAACCUCCAGCCGACACCAUGUUUCCCUGCCUCAACUUUCAGUACAAAAAGGGGCAAAAUUACUAUUUUCUUACAGAGUGAAACUUUAUUAUUGUUGUUGUAACUUAGUUCUGCAUUUCUACUUGGCCGACUUGUUUGUAGAGGAAGUGUUAGGAGCUGAACAAUGAAGUUUUCGAUUCUAUUAGCGAUGUAUCAGCUAAAUUGGCGCGUUAGCUAGACGUGCGAGUUAGCUAAAUGUUUGUUAGCAAAAAGGUGUGUGUUACCUCAACUGUGUGUUAGCUGUGUGUGUGUAUGUGUGUGUGUGUUUAUUAGCUAAACGGUGCCUGUUAACUCAACAAUUUGUCAGUGAAAAGAUGUGUUUAUGUUAGCAUAAUGUUAGCUUAGCGGUAUGAGCGUUCGAUUGAGCCAAAUGGUGGGUGUUUUAACUAAAGGUGCGUAGAAAUUUUCGUUAGCUGAAUGAAUGUGGCGGUUGAGCUGUUUCUGUUAGCGGUCUGUGGUGUGUUAGCAUAUGUAGCUUAACUUUGCAUUAUACUGCAUUCACGUCACACGACACACACUAAUUAUGAACAGCCGGUUGCCUCUUAGUUGUAAUUUAAGUUGGAGGAGUCAGAAAUUUUGGACAGCUAAGAUAUCCACUUUGCGGAAAAAAACAACAAAAAAACUGUGACAAAAUAGCUAAUACAAUCAAUUCAUCAAACUAAAAACGAGCCAAACACUGUUUUCAGGUUUUUCUUGUUAGCAAACUGCUGCAAAUAUGUAGAAUAAUUUUUAAAAUGGCUUAUUCAUGCUUUAUAUCUGUUUAUAUGGUGUGACAACAAGGCUAACCGUUGUGGUACCAUCUUGGAAUAAUGUGCAAAAUUUUCCCAAAUUCUUGCGUUUCUGCCAUUGUGGCGUGAAUGCAGCGUUAGUUGGACGUUAGCUAAAUAGCAUGUAUUGGUAGUAUGAGCAGGUUAGCUAAACUACGUGCGCUGGCAAAACUGUGUGUGUCAUUAGCUAAGCUGUGUGUUUGUUAGCUGAACCGGGUGUUAUUGGUUGUAGUGUGUGAGAGUUAGCUGUGUGGUGCAUGUUAGCUGAACAGCAUAUGUGUUAGCUGUAUGUUGUGUGUCUGUUAAGGCUGAAACAUGCUUCUUGAAUGUGCACGGUGAUCAUUCAGAUGUUCAGGUGGCUAUUUUAUACGUGUACGAACAUGAAAGUGUUUUUUCUUUACUAUUUUGAAAUUGGUUUAACUGAUUAGCUAGUUUGACGCACAUUGUUAAGAUUUUAUAUGUGCGCAUCUGUCCCAAAAACACAUCUGCAGAAAUGUUCAACGUAUCUUUGUUGAAGUGUAAUUCCAGCCUUAGCUGUCUGCGCUUUAGCUAAACGUUUGUGUGUAUGUGUGUUAGCUGAAUGUUGCGUGUGCGUUAGCUUGACGUUGUACGUGUGUGUGUGUGUGUGUUAGCUGAGCGUCGUGCGUGUCGGACCACAGAGAGGUUUGUCUUGCGUUUAGGGAGAUCUGGCUGUUGUUGAGUUGAAAAUUGAAUCAGUGGUUCUGCUUCUUGUAUGUGUGAUGAUGAUGAUAAUAAUAAUGACGACGAUAAUAAUGAGUUCUCCUGUACAGGGGUCUAUUUAAAUCUGUUUAUCCAGUUUUGAAUAUUCAGUUUGUCGAUAAGAUAAUAUGGUUUGUGUAAAUUUCCACUCUCUGGCGGGUGCUCUCCAGUUAAAAAUGUACUUUGUUAUCCUGUUAAAAAUGAUAUUGUUUAAUUCACAUGUUGUCUAACCGAUUUGCAAAGAGAAGCUGAAUAUGUGUUAUACUCUCAAGACUGCUAGGCUAACUGUCUCUCUCUCUUCUCCUGUCUGUCUCCGUGUCUCUGUCUGUCUGGACACCGCCCCGCUAAGAAGUUGGUGGGAUUUGUCAUUUUUUCAACACGUCUGUAAUCAGACCAUGUGAUUACAAGAGCGUCACAAGAUGAGCGUUGAACGGUUCCACAGCUGGUUAGCGUGGCGGCUCCGAGGCGAGGCGAGCUAUAGUGAGGGGGUUUUACUCCCCGAAAAAUUAUUAGAAACACUGGAGUGGACAGUGGCUCGGUGUCUAACCCCAGUUCCAGGCUUGGUGUGGACUGUUGAGGACCUGCACCAGGUCUAAACCAGUAAACAACUGGUCAACCAGGCUCACAACAAGCCUCCCAAUGUCCCUGAACUAGGAUUGAACACGACAACACCGGUCCACUCCAGUUUAGAUCUUCCUAGUCCUGACCCUCUCAUCCUGCAGAGGUGACGGGAGCUUUUGGUUUCAUGGUUUCUGUUGUUUUUCUAAUGGACAGAUGUCCUAACUGUAACCUGCAGAUUUUUCUAUUAGAUUCUAUUGACAGAUAGAGUUGUGUAUGAACCCGAGCCACGAGACUGUCGGUGGCCGAGGAAGAGGAAGAUGGAUGAUGAUGAUGAUGAUGAUUAACAUGAGGGCUAAUAAACAGGCUCAUUCUUUCUGA